AUGCCGAACGCGCCGUCCAUCAAGGUCACCGACCUCUCCUACACCUUCCCCGACUACUCGACCGGCGUCAGCAACAUCACCCUCGACCUGCCGCCCCAGUCGCGCACGCUGCUCAUCGGCGCCAACGGCGCCGGCAAGACAACCCUCCUGCGUCUCCUCGCCGGCAAGCGCCUCUGCCCCGCCGGCACCAUCUCCGUCGGCGGCGUCGACCCCUUCCACGAGGGCCUCGAGGGCGUCACCUACCUGGGCCUGGAGUGGGUGCUGAACCCGAUCGUGCGCACCGACAUGGGCGUCGACGAGCUCCUGCGCAGCGUCGGCGGCGACGCCUACCCGGAGCGCCGCGACGAGCUCGUCGAAAUGCUCGACGUCGACCGCCGCUGGCGCAUGCACGCCGUGUCCGACGGCGAGCGCCGCCGCGUCCAGCUCGCCAUGGGCCUGCUGCGCCCCUGGACCGUCCUCUUCCUCGACGAGAUCACCGUCGACCUCGACGUCCUCAGCCGCGCCGCCUUCCUCGCCUGGCUCAAGCGCGAGACGGAGAUGCGCCCGUGCACCGUGCUCUACGCCACCCACAUCCUCGACAACCUCGCCGGCUGGCCCACGCACCUCGUGCACAUGCACCUCGGCACUGUCAAGGAGUGGGGGGAUGCGGACAAGAUGCUCGCGCAGAUUGACGGCACCGUCGCAGCCUCGGGGAACUCGCGGCUCGGAGAGCUUGUCCUGACGUGGCUCCGCGACGAUCUGAAGGCGCGCGGACCACGCAGCGGGAUCAACCGCGGCCCGGAGGGCAAGACGUACGGCUUUGGCGGCAUGAGCAUCGGCGGAUACGGAGAUGAGUCUAAACCCAAGACUCACUAA